AUGAACAUGUCCAUGCAAUUCCUUUGCAACAUGACCUUCACGGUCAUCGCCGCUGGAGCGGUGCAGAUGGUGGUGGUGCCCGAUCCGUCAAGUCGUGAAACGGCAACUCAGCGACGUCGCCGGCAGCGCGAGGCAUCAGUGCAGCGCCGCUUCCAAGUGUACGAGGAUCGUCUGUCCAGCAACCGCAACGGCCGCAACGACCGACCUUACUACGAUGACCGCCGUAACGACCGACCGUAUUACCACGACCGCCGCAACGCGGAAUAUUCGUUCUCUGGCCGUGUUGUCGUGGCGGCGGCCGUGGCGGUGUUCGAGGCGGUCGAGGGGGCGGCCGCCCCCGGUCUCCUUCGCGUCAAAAUGACUGCGGCCGCCGCCCACACUCGCCGGCCAAUACAAAUGACCGCAGCCAAGUGCAAACUCGAAACGCCGGAUGGGGUCCUCCACCACCACUAA